AAAAUUAAAAUUGUUUAUUUUUUUUUUCUUCUUCUUUUCUUUUCUAUAUAGAUAUACUAGUCAUAAGCAUAUUAAUAUUUACCUAUCAUCCUCUUUAGCCUGCUUUGUAUGGCCAUGUGGAUUUCUCGAAAAAUAGCUGCAAUCAACAAACCUUUGCCACCUGUAUUCAAUCAAACAUCAGAUCAUAUCAACCCACUUGUUGUAGUAGUCGUAGGUGACUCAAAUGUAGGCAAAUCAACCUUGAUACGAUUUGGACUACAAGACUUGAUUGCCAAACACGAUUCAAAUCGACCAGGUAAUCUUUCUCCUUAUUUCCCUUUACUGCUAUUUAAUUAACAUAUGUUUUCAAGAUCUACAGUGCCACCAUACAAAUAUUAUGUUGGACAGAGUCGAUUAUCCUUUGGAUGUCAUCGAAAUAGAGCCCAGCAUGAUUGAUUUACUCACAGAAACUAUUCAUGGAGGACUAGUGUGCUAUGACACAACAAAUAAAUCAUCUUUAGCAUGUAUUCCUGAUUUACUAGACUAUUUUACCUCCCGCCAUAUUCCAACUUUUCUUAUUGGGCUUAAAAGUGAUUUGGUUUCAUCCUGUCAAGUGGUUCCGGACCUUGACUUUUCAAUUCAGCAUUACAGAGUAGACACAUUCUCGGAAGACGGUGUACAACGCAUACAAAACAUCUAUAAAGACUUGCUUGGUCAAUAUGAUCCGUUACUGUCUCAGGAUAGAGAGGAGAUCAAGACUCGUCCCAAUACGUUAGUGAUGUUGACAGACGAGUAUUUUAGUACAGAUCACAAUGGUUCCACUUGUCUCCAUAUGGUAAACAAGAAAGAAAGAAAUUCAGCAUAUUCAUCACACUAUACUCAUCUUAGUAGUAGGCGUGGUUCAAAAGACAGCAGUGAUUCUUUUAAUAUUGGAUUGACACCAGAUGAUAUUGUUGAUCGAUUGUUAUUUAUUGAGUAUAGUAAAGCAGAUGAAAACAUCAUACCUAUCUUUUUGACAUUUUUUCGUAAAUUUAUGAAGCCAUAUGAGCUCGUACAGAAACUAGUAGAGAGAUUUGAAGAGGAUGGCCUUUCAUCAGAUGAAUCACCAACAGAGUUACAAAAAAGAAUUCAUAGCAUUUUCACAUUGUGGCUGUCACAUUAUUGGAACGACUUUUAUGGCUCGCAUGCUCGACAAAACAUCAUUCUCUUUUUAGACCGCAUUUCGAAAUACGAGAGUCUCACGCCUAUUUGUGAUUCAUUAGCACCACUUGUUGUACGUGAACCACCAAUAGAUGAUCCAGACAAAGCCUGGGGACUAGUAGAUGAUCAAGACCAGAUCACCACACGUAAAAAAAAGGACAGUGGUUAUGCAAGCGGGUUUAAUUUUUCACCUACACGUCAUGAAUUCAUGCUCAAGAGUAACCCAUCAUCACCACGUAAUACAGUCAUUGAACCAGCAUUACUGUCGCCCAAUUUGAAUCGGUUACUGUCACGCAGAAAGCAAGUGUCGCAUUCAGAAUCACAUCCAGAUUUACGAUCUUCUUAUCACACAACGGAAUUUCCUAGACUAGCUGAAUUUGCAGGUGGUAUCAUCAAUAUUGAUACUAUUCUUCAUCAGAGUCAACGUACGUCUGUCAUGACACCUUCGAUUGCUACUACACAUGGAAAUGAUUGGAAUUCUUCGUUCGGUCACCAUUUUGCUUCUAGUCUGAUUAGUUCUUUUCGUCAACAUCGUAAUGAUAAAGACCAAGCAAGCUUUAAUUACAAGACAUUCAUGAAAGCAUCCGACCAUGCGAUUGCUGAUCAAUUGACCUGGAUCGAAGCUGAGCUUUUUACACGCAUUAAACCUCGAGAAUUUAUUCGGAAUAUCUGGAAUAGCUCUUCUUGUUCUAGCAGCAACAAUACAGUGAUGGCGUCAAUUGCACAUUUUAAUUUUAUUUCAGCUUGGCUAGUGACGAUGAUUGUAACACAAUCCCGGUUGAGCAAACGCGUUGCCCUAUUGCAAAAGUUCAUGCUAAUUGCUGUCGAGUUACGAAACCGUAACAACUACAACACCUUAAUGGCUAUCCUGGCUGGUAUCAACAGUGCGGCUGUGCUUAGGCUAAAGCAAACUCGUCAAGUGGUCUCGACUAAAAAAGUGUACAAACAAUUUCAAAGCCUAGAGCGCUUAAUGAGCACAGAUCGGUCGUUUAGUUCUUAUCGCAUGGCAUUGAAGGCUUCUGACGCUCCCGGAAUACCUUAUCUUGGAAUUCAUAAUCAAGACUUGGUGUCGCUUGCUGAAGCCAAUAAAGAUUUUCGUACGGAUGGAUCUGUUCAUUGGGAAAAGUUUCGUUUGAUGGGCGAGACCAUCAUGGCCACCAUGAAGUUCAAGUACCCAGGCUAUGCUAUCGAACCUGAUGCUAAACUACUAACGUUUAUUGCUGAUUGUUAUAUCUUGUCUGAAGAUGAACAAUACAGGCGAUCGACUUUAAUAGAGCCAAAACUAGCUUCUACGAAUACAAACAGGAUUCGAGACUUGUGGCUAAGAUUGUAAGCAUGCUUUCACUUUUAUUUUAUGUACAUACACAGAUAACUAUAUCACUUCUACCUUAUUAUUACUCUUUAUAUGUAUUUCUUAAUUUUUCUUCUCUUUUCUUUAUAUAUGAAAAGUUCAUGUAUAAAUAAAUCAUCCUAUUUAUAAAAACAUUGCCUUUUUGUCUACAUACCAAGUGGACUUUUUCACGACAUCUAGUUAUGAAAAAUAGGCCAAUUUGAAUAUUUCCUCUAAUUGCAGG